CUCCCCUCUGCCCUCCCCACCCCCACCACUUCCCCCUUUUGUUAAUUAAAAACUAAGAAGUCGGAAUGGGAACGAGGUGCCCGGCUCCCAUGGAAAAAGCUUGAGGACACCACGACAGUUCUUUACUGCCUUCCUUCCGAGAUGGAAAGAGGAGCUUCUAGCUCACUUAAGCCGGGGUAGGGCUGGUUCUCCUUUCCGAGCCAAAAUCCCAGGCGAUGGUGAAUUAUGAACGUGCCACACCAUGAAGCUCUUGUGGCAGGUAACUGUGCACCACACCUGGAAUGCCGUCCUGCUCCCCGUCGUCUACCUCGCGGCGCAAGUGUGGAUUCUGUGUGCAGCCAUCGCUGCUGCCGCUUCAGCCGGGCCCCAGAACUGCCCCUCCGUCUGCUCCUGCAGUAACCAGUUCAGCAAGGUGGUGUGCACCCGCAGGGGCCUCUCCGAGGUCCCCCAGGGCAUUCCCUCCAACACCCGGUACCUCAACCUCAUGGAAAACAACAUCCAGAUGAUUCAGGCUGACACCUUCAGACACCUCCACCACCUGGAGGUCCUGCAGCUGGGCAGGAACUCCAUCCGGCAGAUCGAGGUGGGGGCUUUCAACGGCCUGGCCAGCCUCAAUACCCUGGAGCUGUUUGACAAUUGGCUGACCGUCAUCCCCAGUGGAGCCUUUGAGUACCUGUCCAAGCUGCGGGAGCUUUGGCUUCGCAACAACCCCAUAGAGAGCAUCCCCUCUUACGCCUUCAACCGAGUGCCCUCCCUCAUGCGCCUGGACUUAGGGGAACUCAAGAAGCUGGAGUAUAUCUCUGAGGGGGCUUUUGAGGGGCUGUUCAACCUCAAGUACCUGAACUUGGGCAUGUGCAACAUUAAAGAUAUGCCCAAUCUCACACCCCUGGUGGGGCUGGAGGAGCUGGAGAUGUCAGGGAACCACUUCCCUGAGAUCAGGCCUGGCUCCUUCCAUGGCCUAAGCUCCCUCAAGAAGCUGUGGGUCAUGAACUCACAGGUCAGCUUGAUUGAGCGGAAUGCUUUUGAUGGGCUGGCCUCACUUGUGGAACUCAACCUGGCCCACAAUAACCUCUCUUCUUUGCCCCAUGACCUCUUCACCCCACUGAGGUACCUGGUGGAGUUGCACCUGCACCACAAUCCUUGGAACUGUGAUUGUGACAUUUUGUGGCUUGCCUGGUGGCUUCGGGAGUAUAUACCCACCAAUUCCACCUGCUGUGGCCGUUGUCAUGCUCCCAUGCACAUGCGAGGCCGCUACCUGGUGGAGGUGGAUCAGGCUUCCUUUCAGUGCUCCGCCCCCUUUAUCAUGGAUGCACCUCGGGACCUCAAUAUCUCUGAGAGUCGAAUGGCAGAACUUAAGUGUCGGACUCCCCCUAUGUCCUCUGUGAAGUGGUUGCUGCCCAAUGGGACAGUGCUCAGCCACGCCUCCCGCCACCCAAGGAUCUCUGUCCUCAAUGAUGGCACCUUGAACUUUUCCUAUGUGCUGCUCUCAGACACUGGGGUAUACACAUGCAUGGUGACCAAUGUGGCAGGCAACUCCAAUGCCUCGGCCUACCUCAAUGUGAGUGCGGCCGAGCUCAACACCUCCAACUACAGCUUCUUUACCACAGUAACAGUGGAGACCACAGAGAUCUCACCUGAGGACACAACGCGAAAGUACAAGCCUGUUCCUACCACGUCCACUGGUUACCAGCCGGCAUAUACCACCUCUACCACGGUGCUCAUUCAGACCACCCGUGUGCCCAAGCAGGUGCCAGUACCCGCGACAGACACCACUGACAAGAUGCAGACCAGCCUGGAUGAAGUCAUGAAGACCACCAAGAUCAUCAUUGGCUGCUUUGUGGCAGUGACUCUGCUAGCUGCUGCCAUGUUGAUUGUCUUCUAUAAACUUCGUAAGCGGCACCAGCAGCGGAGUACAGUCACGGCUGCCCGGACAGUUGAGAUUAUCCAGGUGGAUGAAGACAUCCCAGCAGCGGCAUCUUCAGCAGCAACAGCAGCUCCAUCCGGUGUAUCAGGUGAGGGGGCAGUAGUGCUGCCCACAAUUCAUGACCAUAUUAACUACAACACCUACAAACCAGCACAUGGGGCCCACUGGACAGAAAACAGCUUGGGGAACUCUCUGCACCCCACAGUCACCACUAUUUCUGAACCUUAUAUAAUUCAGACCCAUACCAAGGACAAGGUACAGGAAACUCAAAUAUGACUUCCCCUCCCCAAAAAACUUAUAAAAUGCAAUAGAAUGCACAUACAUAACAAAAAAGACAGCAACUUUUGUACAGAGUGGGGAGAGACUUUUUCUUGUAUAUGCUUAUAUAUUAAAUCUAUGGGCUGGUUAAAAAAAAAAACAGAUUAUAUUAAAAUUUAAAAACAAAAAAUCAAAACAAAACUAUUUUCUAACUUGUAAGUUCUAUUUAAAGGGGGAGGGAGG